UUCGUCUCAAGAGGUUCGAUGUCUCGCAGUAGACGACGCGUAGUCUGUGGAGAAUCCCAUCAGUAUAUUUAAAUUCAAAAUUUGUGUUUUGUUUUGGUUUUUUUUGGCGUCUGUCUAUGCGUUGUAAAGAGAGAAGGACAAAAAGUAAGCACGCGAUGAUCGACUUACGGAGGUUGUGAUCGUGAAUAGCCUAUUGUAAUGAACGAAGUGUACAAAAAUUUACAAUCAAGAUUGCCGUCAUCUAAGACCAAUCGCCCAAAUUCCCAGAAAAAGAAAGCCAACAAAAAGCAAAGCAGGAUAAUUUCCAAAAUCAAAAUGACGUUUUCAGUCGGCUACCAUUGUGACCACGAGAAUAUGUUAAGACAACAAAUAUUGGGAUAGAAUCCUCAGUGACCAUCUUCCCGUGUGUGAUAUUAGAUAUCUAUCAUAAAUAAUAAGUGUGAAAAUGUGCAGCUGUUAUAAUCACAGUGUUUGAGGUCUAUUGCUACUUAUGUUACGUUAGUUGACGCUGUUGCUCACUGUUCUGAGAGGAUACCUUAUUUAUCGAUGUUUGUGUCCACAUUGUUAGACAGUGCGAAGUAUUUUGCCGGUAAGGCCCUGGAUACUUGAUGCCCGCUUUUACGGAUUUUGGCAAGAAGGCGCUGUUGUCGGGCUGUGGGUGCUGCUGCGAGCCGAGGGGUGCGGCUCCGGGACCAUCCCCGAUGGAGCUUCAUGAGAUGCGCUAUGUCCCGCGGCGGCCGAAUGAGCUCGCGCUCGACGACAUCCGUGAGGCGAACUUAUCGGAGAACAAGCCGCUCGACCCAGUUGCCGCCCCUCUGGCAUCCUUUGAGUCCUAUUUGCAAGGACAGUAUCCCCUGCCAAUGAUGUCACCCACAUUGAGCGGGUGCACGCUGAGUUCAUCGGACCAACAGUGGGAACGGUAUUCACAGUGGCUUCACUGCAUUGCCGUGGUGACGUUCGAUCUCGAGCUGGGCCAGGCUAUCGAGAGCGUGUACCCACCCUGUGCGACACUUAGCGAGCAGGAGAAGCUCAAUAUCUGCUAUCUGGCGUUUCCCGAUAGCAAUUCAGCAUGUAUGGGUGAUACGCAGUUUCACUUUCGGAUACGACGCGAAGACGUAAACAGAUCGAGGAGGCUCACUGAAGAUCAGAUGCACUUCAAUGACAUGGUGCCACCAGCAUUACAAAUAGAUAUUGAGUACCUGUACGGAUUCGCCUACUUUCGACAAGUGAAGGAUCCUUCUAUUCGGAGAGGGUACUUUCAAAAAUCUGUGGUAUUCAUCGCGCACUUACCAUUGGUAAAUCUAUUCCACAAGACAGUGGCUUUGGUGGCGCCGGACUUUUUCGAAAACGGGCUCGAAUCGUUGGAAACGGCGUGUCAUAUCAUCGAUCGUUGGCCUCCACCGUUGCCCGGAAAAGAUCUUGUUCUUCCGCUUAACGGAGUCGUCCUUCAGUGUCGGAUUCCCUUAGAAGUUGACAGCCAAUUGCAGUCUACAAAUUCGAUUUUGCAUCUACAGAAAUGCACUCGGACUGCGGUUAUUCUAUCGUCAGUACACGAACCGGAUCUCUUCCGCUCGGUCGCUCCAAUACUCAAUCACGUACAGCUAUUGUGGGAGCUCGUGAUCACUUGCGAGCCCAUUGUUGUCAUGGCUAACUCACCCUGCGUCUGCUCCGAGCUUGUUCAGUCGUUAGUGUCUCUUGUGUGGCCAUUGAAAUUCUGCUCGGACUUCCGACCUUUCUUUACGAUACACGAUUCGGAGUUCAAGGAGUACACGGCACGUGAGAAUUGUUUACCGGCUGUCAUUCUCGGCGUGACGAAUCCGUUCUUCACAAAGACCUUUCAGCAUUGGCCUCACAUUAUCAAAGUAGGCGAAGACUACUCAAGCAUGGAUUGCUGUGCCAAGUACGGCGGAGCGACAAAGACGAAACGUGCGUCGAAUCUCAAGACGCUCGACACGCAGACCGGCGUAUUUACUCAAUAUCGGCCCCUAUUACGAAAAGAUAAAGGGCUCCUGAAGGGCCUUUGGAAGGGUAUUCAAACAAAACGACCCUCGGAAGUUCAAUCAGCUGUACUCAGACGAUACUUUUUGGAGCUCACCCAGUCCUUUAUGAUCCCCUUGGAGCGGUAUAUGACAUCACUGAUGCCCCUCCAGAAGAACCUUUCACCCUAUAAGGGCACUCCGUUGUUAAAGCCUUUCAAUCCAGACGAUUUCUUGGCAACGCUUGAUACGGCGGGCCCCCAGCUCACUACGGGCAUCAAGGGGGAAUGGGCAGAUCUCUAUCGCAAAUUCUUCCGUUCACGAAACUUUCACGGAUGGUAUCAGGCCAGACACCGCGAGGUUUCAGAAAAUAUUGAAAAGUUGCAUAUAGAGGUGAUUUCGGAGACUAAUCUUCUUGGAUGGGCGCGUAGUCGUCAUGAGGUCGAAGUAAUCGAUCUCGUCCUCAAACUAAAAGCCAAACUUGAGCUGAUCGACAAGCGGCAAAACAUCUCGCGGGAGACAGCGUGCAAGCUUAAAGCACGUCUCGAAGACCUCAUCGCCACGCUGCCUGCAGAUCUUCAUGAUGUUCUCAAUAAAGACAUACCAGCGCCGUAAAGCGAAACAAGUCCUGUCUGAGGUCAAAAAAUUACUACAGCUUGCCUUCGUCAUCUUAGUCGACUAAGUCAGGCCAAUCAGACCAUCAACACCCGUUAUUCACUUUCUUGUGAGAAAAAAUUAAGUAAAUCCACAAACGACUACCACCACUAUCGUAACAGAAGCAACAGCUGUCGCUAAACAGACGUAGCUAGCAAAUGGUGUACUUUCGAAGGACUCCAACGAUACCCAUCCAAUGAUGCUGUUGGAAAUCGUUCUAAAUUACAGUAGCUUUUGAGCUGCAAUCAGAAUUAACAAGAACUCUACAAAAUCUAUUCAUGUGACAGUUUUGUACACUAUAGGGUAUGGCAUAUAGUAAGCAGAAAAACAGUCACAGUAUACGUACGAGAUUACUCUUACUGUAUGUAACUAUAUUCACAGGGCAAAAGUAGCCGGGUCAGCUAGCUAAUGCGAUGGUGAUGAAUGGGAAUUCAUUAUGAUAUUAUAAGAAUCGAACAGAAGGAGGGGGUGUCUUUAGGGACACGCAGCACCUUAAUUUGUGUUGGUAUUAUUACGUCGAAUAAGAGAAAAUUCGCGCCUGCGGAACGCUCGCGAUAUAGGAACUUGCUGUAAUUGUGGAGUUUCUUAUUGCAGUUGUUGCUACACGCUAAGUAUUCGUGUAUCUAUCAAAGGUACGCCGGAUGAGGCUCAGGACAACAUUAAGUCUCGUCAAUGUGUUGUUAUCAAUUAUGAUAUCUUGCCAUUUGCCAUAUCUCAUCCUCUAUCGAACACGAUCGAAACUCCGCCGUCAAAUGGAUAAAAAGUGAGGUAUUAAACGAAUUUUGUGUCCGAAUAAAACUCGACGGACUAGAGCACUUAUCUUCACAACAUUCAUGCACGGAAAACGUACAAGCUAACCGUAGACAUCAUAGCUGAGAUUUUGAGUAACAUGAUCAAAGCAGAAUUGUAUGUGUAUCGUUAUUUAGUAAUUUUAAUUGUGGCAAUCGGAGUUACGAGGCAGUUCUGAUCAAACGUCAGAGACCUCUAUGCACAUAAGAAUGCGCGGGAUAGUGGUGAAAGAAUGACAGAUGUUUUUCAGUGAGAGGUAGCUAAAGUACCGGCGGACGACGAUCGUUCGAGGACGUUUUGCUUACGAACGAACGAAACUAACUGCGACCGUCGUAAGAUAUGGGUAGCAGACUGAGAUCUUGUCGUAUUGAUUAAUUGGUCAGUUAAUAAUUAAACGAGGGCGUGUACAUAAGUUUCUCUCUGUAUAUAUACAUAAAUAAGGAGAAACACGUAAAGCUAGUGGCUAAUAUGACUCGUUAUUAAUUAAAGUCGAAGUGGUCGAGAUAGAGCUGUAUGGUGGCUAUCUCAUACGCAAGCCGAGGAUUAAGUGCCAUGGGCUGAACGCUUACUAGAAUAGGGGAUGUUGGGUAUAUUUCGCAGAGGUCUUCGGGGGACGGAAGGAUCCUUAGCGUUCAUUUAAAAAAAAAACAUCUCAAAACCGUGCUAUGGGCCUUUGUGACUUCAUAGUAAUUCAGGAGAUUAAAGGAGUCAGUAAAUGCUAUCAGGCGUAAAAGAGCACAAUCAUGACGUACGAGAUUUAUGUCAAAAGUUCGAAGAGUGGUCACAUUGUUAUGUAUAUUUAGCUAUUCCUGUAGAACAGGAAAAUAAAUAUUUAGAAAUUAGAACAGCAAAGUCGACGGAAGCAGAUGAAAGUGACACUGGCGGCAAAGAAGUGACCUUACUUCACCAAUAUUCGAACUUGUUUUUCUUCGAAUUUUUUUUUAUCUUCGCCCGACGACAGUUCAAUUUGAGAGAAACGUAGUAAAAAUAAACAACUUCAAGGGCUGAGAUUAAUACAAAAGUCAGUUGAGUUCAAGGCGGGGCUCAGUUUCUGAGUUACUGUGUCGUUUUCGCUGACCCAAAGAAUCUCGUCUACAGAUAUUAAUUAUAUGAUACUUACUCUAUUCAUGAUUACACUGUUUGAAUGAGGGUGGAAGUGAAUUAUUGCCACUUUGUGGAUGAUGCCAACGAUGAUGAUGUCAGAAUGGUACUAAUAGCAGAACGUACGUGUCCUCACCCAUACGCAUCGGAGAGGGGAAAAACUAUGAGGGUUACGUUAAUUGUACACAGUGUAUACAAGACAUAGGCAAAAGGUGUAGCACUACGAGACAUAGUGAAAACGAUUGACGCAAAUCAGAACUGAUGGUUCUUGUCACACAGCAAAUGUGAGCCACGAGAAAGUGUUAUUCAGGUAAAAAAGGAAUCGUACAUGUCGAUAUAUUGGCCGAACGCGGCCGAUUUAAAACUGAUAACAGAGAGACAACAAAACGGUUAGUUCGAAUGUUUUCGCUGGGCGGCCUUAAGCACUUUUUAAGAUACCACAACCCAAUGGCCGAACUGACUGAACAUCCAGAGAAGUCAAACUUAGAGCUCGAAUCGCCACAGAUAAAGACAGCAAAAAAUUGAAGGCCGCACUAGUUAAAUAAUCACGAUCGCGUCAAAAUACCACUAUACCAUUUACAAUAAAAGAAAAAAAAAAAAAAAAAACUAGUAUUUAAUGCGGUUAGUCAAAUCUAUACGUAUGCAUUAAUGACGACCGAGUUAGCGAGGCUUCAACGGCAUACGAUAAAAAAAAUGUUCAAUGAAAACUUUCUGCCACUGCCAGUAAGGCGAACCUCAUACCAUAAAACUCUCUUUAAUCAGGUUUAGUGCAUUUGAUAGUUUAGAUGUUCAUGAGAGUAGCGAACAUUUGAAGAAUACAAGGCCAGCUGGGCUUCGUGAAUUUUACCGUUAACAAAAGUCAAUUUUCGCUUUAGAAAAUUUCUCGAGAAACUUUGUUUCAGACAGAUAUUUCAGCUUCCUUAUACCAUCACAUGUAAAUUAUUUUGUACUAUGUUCAUUUGUGUCGUAGAAUAAGUUCUAAACUUGCGGUUCGACUGGAGUUAAGUGGACAUUCGAUCUGGUUCGUUCUCAUAACAAAACGGUCAACCACGCAAC